AUGGAUUUUGGAAGAAGAAGAACUCAAAAGUACACUUUCAAGAGUCCUAAGCUAGAAGAUCUAAGAGAACUAGGGGAUUUGGUUAUUAGUCCAAUAGGUUUCAAGGAUAGAUAUGGAAUACUUCUGUCACUAUUGAAGACCAAUAUAACAGAUGGAAUUCUUGCUACACUAGUCCAGUUCUAUGAUCCAUUGUAUCAUUGCUUCACCUUUCCAGAUUACCAGCUUAUGCCCAUAUUAGAGGAGUAUUCCUAUUUGCUUGGAUCACCUAUUUCUGAUCAUAUGACCACCAAGGGAGGUAUUCUUGGGUUGCCAACUAAGUUUCUGAUUGAUAAAGCUCAUUACUUUGCUAGUAUGAAGAGUAUGGAUGCUUUUGAGACUAUUCUUUCCUUACUCAUUUAUGGAUUGGUCAUCUUUCCUAAUGUUGACAAGUUUGUUGACAUUAAUGCUAUUAAGAUAUUCUUGAUUGGAAAUCCAAUUCCCACUCUACUUGCAGAUGGUCUUUUAUGGUCACAGAAGAUUAUGUCUCUCACACAUUCCGAUAUUGAGUGGUAUAGUCAUGCUUAUGAUGAAGUGAAUAUCUUUGACAGUUGUGGAGAGUUUCCUAAUGUGCCUCUUCUCGGUACAAAAGGAGGUAUCAUCUACAACCCGAUUUUGGCUCGUAGUCAGCUUGGAUAUCCUAUGAAAGAUAAACCAAGCAAUAUCCUCUUGGAAGGCCUCUUCUUUAAAGAAGGUGAAGAUAACAAAGCACUUAAGGAGAAAAUUGUGCAUGCCUGGCAUCAUGUCCAUAAAAAGGGGAGAGAAGUUCUAGGGAAGCCAGGUUGUGUUUCUUUGGAGCCUUAUCUUCAAUGGGUACAAGCUAGGGCUAUCAAGUUUAAGAUGCCUUAUCCUCUCCAUAAGCCUUUAUCUAUAGCCUCUAAAGAGCCUACUCUGAUUUUCAUGAUUGAUGCGGAGAAACUUCUGAUUGAUUUGACCAAGAAUCAUCCAUCACCUGAUUCUCAAGAGACUAUUCAAAGAACCGUGAUCUCCGAGAUCGUGUCUACACCUGUUUCUGUGGAACCCCUUAGUGAUCCUCAUUACCACUUACCCUCCGAUUUUCCUUGGGGCAUGCCUCUUAAUUAUAUGCCAGAAGGUUAUCAUCCACAUGCUACCAAAGCUCCAGUUGUCACCACCGUGAUGUCUGUGCCACAUCCCGUGGUACACACUACUCCUUAUAAUGAAGAACAUAUCUUCCACAUCGCUCCAAGUGAAGGUGUUGGAAUGGAUGAGAGAAUGGACGAGUUUUAA